AUGUCCGACCAAUACGCUAGGUUUAACAAUAAACCAGUGCCGGUCAAGAUACCUAAACUCUACGAUGGCCGUAUUCGCCAAUUUACCGACCGUGGUGGUGACUACCAUGACUUGAAUCUUCCUCAUUUCUAUGAUCGGGCUAGAAAUGAUGGCACUGACUAUGUCAAACUGGAGGUGUACGAUGUACCAAAGUUGCAACGUCCUCAUUUCAAAGAUGCAAUUGCCGAUGCUAAAUGGCGCAAGACUUCUAAAGGUAAUUCGUUUGGUCCUUCUUGGAGUACUCAUUGGUUCAGAAUUAACAUUCGUAUCCCCAGUGACUGGAAAUAUGCUGAACAAGUCCUCUUUGAGUGGAAUUGUGGUAAUGAAGGUCUCAUUUAUACUAAUGAGGGCAAUGCGGUUGUUGGAUUGAGUGGACAGGAACGACGAGAGUGGAUUAUUCCAAAAGAUUGGCAAUUGGAUGGCAAGUGGCAUCAAUUUUAUAUUGAAACCAGUUGUAAUGAAAUGAGCGGUAAUAAUAGCCCACCGGACCCUAACAGAUACUUCCGUCUGGAUACUGCGGAUAUUGUUUUCCCUAACUUGGAGGCAAGAGCCUUGAAUAUUGAUUUCUGGAUUAUUGGCGAUGCCAGUAGAGAGUUUCCUGGAGACUCGUGGCAAAAACACAAGGCAAGGGAUGUUCUUAAUAGAAUUAUUGAUGUUUUUGAUCGUAACAAUCCUGAUGAGUCUAUCAAAAAGGGUCGUGAAAUUGCUAGAGAGUAUAUUGGCAGUGAGGUGGAUUCUUCUCAGGUCUACAAGACAGCUAAUAAAGCACCUGUUUAUGGUAUUGGAAAUUGUCAUAUUGACACUGCUUGGCUUUGGCCAUUUGCUGAGACCCACCGAAAGGUUGGUCGAUCUUGGGCUACUCAAUUGAAUCUUAUUGAAAGAUAUCCUGAGUAUACAUUCACAGCUUCGCAGGUUCAACAGUUUAAAUGGUUGUCAGAAGAUUACCCCGAUGUAUUUGCCCGAGUCAAGGAAGCCGUCAAAGGCGGUAGAUUCAUCCCCAUUGGUGGCUCGUGGGUUGAAUGUGACACAAACAUGCCCAGUGGAGAAGCAAUGCUUCGGCAAUUCCUUCUGGGUCAACGAUUUUUCCAGCACCAUUUUGGUUUCAGAACCAAGACGUACUGGUUACCUGAUACAUUUGGAUACUCACCUCAGAUUCCUCAGUUUUGUAGACUGGUUGGCAUUGACCGUUUCUUGACUCAGAAGCUCAGUUGGAACAGUAUCAACAGCUUCCCCCAUUCAACUUUUAACUGGGUGGCCCUUGAUGGAUCACAAGUAGUGGCUCAUAUGCCACCUGAUAAUACUUACACCGCACAAGCGCAUUUUGGAGAUGUUUCAAGGUCUUUGCGUCAGCAUAAGAACCUUGAUGUUGACCAGCAUGGAAUGUUGCUUUUUGGCCAUGGUGAUGGUGGCGGUGGUCCAACCUCUGAAAUGCUGGAAAAGCUUCGUAGAUGUCGUGGCUUGUCUGAUACUGUUGACUUGCUUCCAAGAGUCCAACUUGGUAAGACUGUAGAUGAGUUCUACGAUGAUAUCCUUGCUAGCACUGAUAAUGGAAACAAACUUGUCACCUGGGUUGGCGAGCUUUACUUUGAGUUCCACAGAGGUACUUAUACUACCCAAGCAGCUAUCAAGAAGGGCAAUCGUGUGUCUGAGGUUAUCAUGCACGAUGUUGAGUUCUUGGCUACAUUGGCAUCGCUUAAGAAUAAGGACUACAAGUACCCCACAAAAGAUAUUGACGAGCUUUGGGAAAAUGUCUGUUUGAACCAGUUCCAUGACGUCCUUCCAGGUUCUGGCAUUGAAAUGAUUUAUGAGGAUGCUCGGGCUAUUUAUCAACAUAUUGCUGAGCAAGGAGAGAAACUCGCAAAGGAAGCUCUUGAUGCAUUGAAUAUCUCUACUCACUAUAUUCCAGGACAUUCCUUGGGCGCUCUGAACACACUUCCAUGGGGAAGAAGCCAAGUCAUUGAAGUUCCUACUGAGAAGAUUCCUCGUGAGGUCCAGGCUUCUUCUAGUUUUAUUUCACAGGCAAAUGGAGACAAGCUUCUUGUCCAAGUUCAGGCCGAGGGUAGUGGAGUUGCUCUACCCACUACAGUGUCUUCUUCAAUUCCCCAUGCAACUGCAAAGGAGAUCAGAAAGGGUGUCUUUGUUCUAGAGAAUGGCAAACUCCGUGCAACUAUUGAGAAUGGAGUUCUGACUAGCGUUUGGGACCAAGACGCCCAGAGAGAAAUUAUUCCUAAAGGAGCUACUGGUAACCAGUUUGUCAUUUUUGAGGAUCAAUGUCUCAGUUUCCCUGCUUGGGAGACUGAAUUAUACUCAUUGGAUUCGAGAAAAGAGCUUUCUGCUGGUACUGUAAGAAUCAGUCAGAAGGGACCUCUGCGAGCUGCUGUUGAAAUUGAAAAUGUCAUUAGCGAGCAAAGCCGUAUCAAGACCACCAUUUCUUUAGAUGCUUACCAGAAACCAACCAAAGAAUCAGAAGGGGCAUUCCCAGACAUCUCGUAUCUGGAAUUUUCUUGUGAAGUUGAAUGGCAUGAAACUUAUAAAUUCUUAAAGGUCGAAUUCCCUGUUGACGUGCACAGCGAUGUGGCGACCUAUGAAACAUCUUAUGGUGCUCACAAGCGACCCACACACUUUAACACUACUUGGGAAGUUGCUAAAUUUGAGGUUCCUGCUCAUAAAUGGGCCGAUCUAAGUGAUUACUCUUAUGGAGUGAGUUUGAUUAACGACUGCAAGUAUGGAUAUGCAAUUCACGGCAAUGUCAUGAGACUAUCGCUUUUGAGAGCACCAAAGUCUCCUGAUGCUCAUGCUGAUAUGGGAUCCCAUCAAUUCAGGUACGCCUUGUUGCCUCACCGAGGAGGUGUUAAUCCUGAUGUGGUCAGAGCUGCUUACAACUUUAACCAUCCUUUGGAGAUUGUAUACUUACCUAACAGCAAUCCAGCUGAUAUCGACGGUUAUGAUAGCAUGGUAAUUGAUACUGUUCCCGAACCAAAGGGUGAUGAGGUGCUACGUAGUUUCACUUUAGACGGUGACAAGAGCCUUAUUAUGAGCGCGGUCAAGCGAUUCGAAGAUGACGAAGAUGUCUCACGUGGUUUGUUGCCAGUAAGAGGUGCAUCAGGCCGAAAGAGUGUUAUUAUUCGUGUAUACGAAUCACUGGGUGGAAGAGCUAGAGCUUAUCUCAACAGUAAGCAGUCGAUUGCUCGAGUAUUCAAAACCAAUGCUCUUGAAGACGAUGAAGAAGCUCUCGAUAUUCUAAGUGGAGUUGAUGGCGAUAAAGUACCUAUUGAACUUCGUGCUUUUGAAAUUGCCACUUUUAGAAUUGAGCUUGCUUGA